AUGACUUCGGUUUUCACUACCACUAUCAACAAGAUGAGCAUGCUGACCCUAGAAGCACAAUCCAAGUUCCGCCCGCGCCGCCGCCAUCGCAAGUCGAGGAAUGGCUGUGCCGAGUGUAAGCGGAGGAGGAUCAAGUGCGAUGAAAUCAAACCCUCCUGCUCGCGAUGCAUCCUGACGAUGCAGAAAUGCAUCUACGCCUCGACUUCCCCAACACAGCCAGCGACCACCGACCAGGGCAGCCAGCUGUCACUCUCCCUACCAACCCCCAGUCCUCGCAGCGGAUCACCAUCCCCACCCUUCGAGGUCUCGCAGCUCUCCCUAUCCCCAGCCCAUCCACAUCCAGACCUCGACACCUCCGACACAGCCCUCUACCACCACUACCUGCACCACACAAGCCGCACCCUCACCGACAACCGCCGCGACCACCACGCAAUCCAGAUCUGCCUGCCGACCCUGGCCCUCCGCAGCAGAACCGUCUACCACUCCAUCCUUGCUCUCUCUGCAGCAUGCAUGUGCUGCGAUCUGAUCUACAAGGACCCCGCGCCUGACGUCGCGACCGUCAUCGACAUCCUCAUGACCGGAUACAGACACUACAACCUCGCCAGCGAGCGCCUGCGCGAGUUGAUAUCCCGACCAAGCGCUGCAAAUGCAGAGCCAUUACUCGCUGCGCCACCCCUCCUCGUGCCCUUCGUCACGUCCAGCCAGCAGGUAAACCACUGGAUCUCGAAUCGCACGAGCGAGCCGUUCCACGGACAGAAGCGGCUCAACUCGACGCCGAGAGAUGUCAUCGUUAUAUCGCGCGGUAUAAGCGCUACCAUCCGCGCCCUCUCCAGUCACAGUCACAGUCCAGCUUCAAGCCCAAGUGCAUGUGCAUGUGCAUGUGGCUAUCCACAACUCCCAACCCCGACCCCAGACCCCCUGGACUCAAUGGACGACUACGCGGACCCCAUCCCUUCCUCUCCCACACUGGCAUUACCCCCCUCCCACACCCACCCAAUGUACCACCUCAUCAAAUCCACCAGCAGCGCAGCAUUCACAAAGCUCCACCACCGCAUCACCUCAGCCGCCUUCUACACACCCCCCACCCGCCCGUCCACCCCAUCGCCAGACGAACCAAUGACCCGUCCGCUCCUGAGCUUCCUCGUCCACGCACCAAGCACAUACCUCGACUUCGUCCUCCCGCUGCUUGACAGACGUCUAGAGCGUCCAGCCGAAACCCCAACCCUAGAUAAACCCAAAAGGGGGCAGAUCGAGUUGGACUUGAAUGUUGAGCAGACCCUCGCGCUGGACAUCUACGCGCACUGGUCCGUGCUCAUGAUCCUCGUCGGCGAGGAGAGCUGGUGGAUUGGCAAGUUGCCCGAUAUCACGCUGGGCGGCAUGGUCGCUGCGUUUGGGGAUGAUUUUGUGGGCAGGAUUUGGGGCUCUGCUGGGGAAAGGGCUGGGGCUGGGGCUGGGGCUGGGGCACCUGCAGAGGGGGAGGGCGAGGGCGAGUGGUGGCCGCGGAGCAUGUUGCGGAUUGAGCGGGAGAUUGGGCGGUAUCGAUGA